GCGAAAAACCGUUCCUAUUCAGGUAAAAUAAGUAAUUUAUUUGAGAAGAAAAACGUCAGAAAUUUUCAUCGCAAGAAUAAUAAGGUAAUGAUUUUUGUAUGUAUUAACUUUUAACCUUGUAGCAAUAUCAAAAUAUAAUUUAAGAAUGUUUUGUUUCCUGUUUUGCAUAAGCCUGUUCGCUAGACAAUGUACAGCUGGAUUUACCGGCAUCACACUAACUUCAAAGCCUCAUCUACAUAUUCCAUGAAUAAUCAGUGGGUCAAUCCACGUCUGGUUGUCCCCGCUAAGCUGCUUCAAAUACUCUCCCUACGUACACAGACACGCUGGGUGCACGCAGGUGGAGUCGAGAUGACGACGAUGGCUGUGGUAGCGGCGUUUGCGUGCAUGCUGUUGCUGUUGGCGGCAGGCGGACGUGCAAAUCACGCACUGCACUGCCCGUCGCCCGCCCGGUCCCCGGUCGCCAAGCUGUCCCUCCUCAGCUUCCGCGGUCCGGACGGCGAGUGGACCUCCCGCCUCAACCUCACCCGCAACGCGCUGGGCGACGCUCCCGCCUGGGACGUCGACCUGGAGCAGGAGAAGGUGUCGUGCGGGGAAGGAGCGGAGUACGUCGUGACCCUGCUGACGCUCGCGCCGGUGUCUGCCUCGCAGACUGCCUUCAAGCCUGGCCCGAAGAACGUGUCUGCAGGCGUCGAACCGACGCAACGGACCGAGCUUCAGACGACCACCCUCAAGCCAGGCUACCGACAGGUGCCGGGCGUGGGCAUCUGGAAGCUACACGGGACGGCCAAGACGUGGGAGGAAGCAAAGGAAGUUUGUUCCGAGGAGGGCGCUCACUUGGCAGUCAUCAACUCUGAAGCGGAGGCAAAGUACUACAAGAGUAUCUUGGACGACCACCAGAAGUUCAACCACAGCUCCGACGAUCAAUACAUUUUCCUUGGAUUCAAAUACUCUGUGUCGGACAGUAAGUUUGUGACUGUCCAAGGAAAUGAGCUUGCAAGUGCUGGUUUUGUCGUGUGGGGUGCUAGUCAGCCUAACAAUAUGGGUGAUAAUUCUUAUUCUUGUGGCGGUAUGGACAGAAGUGGAAAAUUGCAUGAUUUACGCUGCCUUGCAAAGCUUGGGUUUUUUUGUGAGCUGUAAGUAACAGUAUGUCUUCACUUUUAUACCUGUAAUAGGGAGCCUGUUUUAACUUACGGAUUAAUAAUGCUGUUCCAGAAGGUUUUUCUGCUUUUAAACUGAAGAGUUCUGCAGUAAUUCUUAAUUCUUCAUAAAAGUUUUCACAAACACACUUGUUUCCAUGUAAUGGGAAUGCUUAAAUACAUUAAUAUACAGCUGAAAAA